UUGCACAACCAGUGGAAGAGAGAAAACAAGAAAGAGAAUUAUAUAUAUGUAGACCCUGGCUGGGGAGGUACUCUUCAGUUGAGUACGCUCUUUAUUUUUUGCAUGUUUUUCUCAGCUCUUCAGCUAGCUUUUGCUAUUGUUCAGACCACACACACAGCGAGAGAGAGAGAGAGAGAGGCAAGCUAAUCCCAAGAGCAAACAAUUACAGUGAAAGCCAUCAUUGCAAGUCAUAAAACCACUUCGUUUCCUAAUUCUUUCAACGCUCUCAGAGGCCCAAGAUGGAGCUCAGUAAGCUUCAGAGAGCUUCAACAAUAGCAGCAUUAGUGUUAUUCCUUGGUAUAGUCAUGAUGAGCAGUUUCACUAGUGCAGAAAGGCUACUAAAAGAGCGAAAAUCACAAGAUUUGCUUGACAAAGAAAUAAGCAAGCCUGGUUUUCUAGUGCGAAUGUCUCAUUUUCUCUGGCAGAGUGACAAGACUUCUUAUGAGCCUGUUUGGCCUGAGAUGGAGUUUGGUUGGAAGAUCGUGGUAGGAACAAUAGUUGGAUUCUUCGGUGCAGCAUUGGGUAGCGUUGGUGGAGUUGGAGGUGGUGGAAUUUUUGUGCCAAUGCUUGCCUUGAUCAUUGGUUUUGAUCCCAAGUCUUCCACUGCCAUUUCAAAGUGUAUGAUAAUGGGUGCUGCAGGAUCAACAGUGUAUUACAAUCUGAGACUCAGGCACCCAACACUGGACAUGCCCCUCAUAGACUAUGAUCUGGCUUUGCUUUUUCAACCUAUGCUUAUGCUUGGAAUCAGCAUUGGAGUAGCUUUCAAUGUCAUGUUUGCUGAUUGGAUGGUUACUGUUCUGCUUAUUAUUCUCUUCAUAGGUACAUCAGCUAAAGCUUUAUUCAAAGGCAUAGAUACAUGGAAAAAAGAGACAAUGAUGAAAAAGGAAGCAGCCAAGCAAUUGGAAUCAGAGUCCAAACCAGGUGAUGGUGAGGGAGAAGAUUACAAACCCCUGCCAAGCGGUCCAGCUGCAAUCCCAGAUGACGAUAACGUCCACAUAUUGCAAAAUAUUUACUGGAAAGAGGCAGCACUUCUGGCGUAUGUAUGGCUGGGCUUUCUUGCUGUUCAAAUUGUUAAAUCCUACGUUAAAACGUGCUCCACCACGUACUGGAUUCUGAAUGCCUUGCAGGUACCAAUUGCUGCCUCAGUUACAAUUUUUGAAGCCAUAUGCUUGCGCAAAGGAACCAGGGUGAUAGCAUCCAAAGGAAAAGAAGCUACAAACUGGAAAUUUCUUCAGAUAUUGCUUUACUGUUCAUGUGGGAUAGUGGCAGGAAUGGUGGGUGGACUACUUGGACUUGGAGGUGGCUUCAUCUUAGGACCUCUUUUCCUUGAACUAGGAAUUCCUCCUCAGGUGGCAAGUGCAACGUCAACCUUUGCAAUGGUAUUCUCAUCUUCAAUGUCAGUUGUACAAUACUACCUUCUCAACCGGUUUCCAGUCCCAUAUGCUUCUUAUUUUGUUUUGGUUGCAACAAUUGCUGCCUUUGCCGGUCAGCACGUAGUCAGGAAGAUUAUUGCUCUUCUUGGAAGAACAUCAAUCAUCAUCUUCAUAUUGGCUCUGACAAUUUUUGUGAGCGCAAUCAGCUUAGGUGGAGUGGGGAUAGCAGACAUGGUUGAGAAGCUGGAGAAUAAAGAGUACAUGGGAUUUCAGAAUCUUUGUUACCAUUAAUGAGGUUCAAUUGUGUCAGAAUAGCAGAGCAAGUUUCUGAGAAGAAGAAUUGAUUCCAUAGUCUUCAAUUUUUCCAUUUAUUUUUUCAAGUAAAGAUUGAACAUUUCUAGCUGAGCUAUUCUUCAUGUUCUUCUCUUGCAUCCUAUUAGUAAUGUUUAUUCUACAAUA